ACGUUGAAGCCGAUUUACGUUUAUCUCCGCACCUGACUUUAAUUUGCUGCUGUCGCUCGUUCGUCGUGCCCUUUCUUCACUGUCAUCAUGAGCCAGCGUAUGCUUUCCUCCGUCCUUCGAGCACGGCCUAAUGCCGUCCUUCGUCGCGUUGCGAGCCCUGCUGUCACAGUACCACACCGUUUUUCAUCGUCGGAUUCGCACCCUCAAGAAACGUUCGAACAGUUCUCUGAGCGCUACGUCGCUUUCUUCCAAGGCGCUCAAGACCUUUUCGAGGUACAACGUGGCCUCAAUAACUGCUUUGCACACGACCUCGUUCCUUCACCUGGCGUUGUUGAGGCUGCCCUUCGUGCAGCACGCCGCGUAGAUGAUUAUGCAACCGCUGUCCGUGUCUUCGAGGGCAUUAGGGAAAAGGUUGAGAACAAACAGCAGUACCAGGCUUACUUGGACGAGUUGAAGCCGGUUAGAGAAGAACUUGGAAUUGACACAAAAGAAGACCUUUAUGUCUCAUAAGUUCUGCCUGAGCAGCACAGGUUCCAUUAGACGCAGUGCCUCACAUAUUAUUGUCACUUAUAGUUUCCCCCAAUCCACAGCGCGCGGAUUUACAAACCUGUUGUGGCCUAUAUUGAGCACUGUUUUACUCGCUGCGGUAUUGACCUUUUGAGGCCAAUAAACUUUAUUUUGAACAAGGUCUUCUCUGAAAAACAUAUUGUUCGCCCGCACUUGAUCUUCGUGAUUUCGCACGUGAGGAUUUAUUAUAGGUGAAUGGGGGUGGAUUGAUUCAUGCGCGAAAGCGUGCUGGCAUAUGAUCACUGGAGCUGUUGAAUCCAAGGGUUCAGCUCUUGUGGAUCCCGCGGACAUGAUUGUGGUUGUGGGCAUUGGUAUAGGUAUAUGAAC